GACCGAGGGAUGGCAGCUCUGAAAGAAAUUCCCUUGGCCGAACCCUAAAAAAGCCGAUUUCCAUCUCUCUUUUCUUUUCCGAAGAAAUAGUCUUCACGCGGCUGCGUGGUGUUUUUCUCUCUGAACUAGUGAACUCUGAUUCCCCCCUCUCUCUCUUUCUAAUUAUCUCUCUCACUCCACUCCAGGUCCUGAGUAAUUGAAGCUUCGUUCUCUUCGAACAGGGUUGGAGUUAUUGUUAUUUGAAGUGGGAUUUGUUUGGAUAGGGGCGCACAUGAAGUAAUACCCUGAGUUAUUUUGGUGAAAGUGUAGCAGGACGAGGGUGUUACAAAGCUUCCGAGGAAAUGCCAGUUUCUGGAAAGGAAGAGUCUGGGGUUAAACCUUUUGCCCGGCAGCCUAGUUUUGAUAUUUCAGGUGUUCCUAUCAAGAAAAGGAGGUUCUUUCGCCAUCCCUCACCUACACCUGAAGAACAACCCUCUUCAGUUUCUCCAAAGAAUGGUUCUAUACAGCCUGUUAGCUCUACCUAUGGUUCUGCUCCUUUAAAUCCUAAAUUUGCGGGUAGUGCGUCUGGUUUGUCUGAUGCAACAAAGAAAAUCCCUGACACGGCUAUACCUACCAGUGUUAAUAAUAGCUCAUUGGUCAAAAGUGAGGCAUCAUGUGGUGAAGUUAUUUCCGAUUCUUUGGCUCCUAUUGGUAGUGAGAAUAAGCCUGUGGAAGCUGAGGCUCUUGAUAAAAUUUCUGUUAUUCCUGCAACCAAUGAGUUGAAGUCAGCGCCUGUUCCAUCUAAUCCAGGUGAGGUUACUGUUAAGAAGCAAGUGCCAGCUGGGAAGUGUAAACCUGGGGUGUCUGCUGUUUCUGGGAACCUUGAAUUGUCUUUAGGCUUGAAAGAACACCAUGUUGCUGAUAGUAACGAUGGAAGUAGUCACAGACAGGGAAAUGAAGAGUCUAUUUCUUUGAAUAUAUCUUCGAGCAAGGCAGGAACCAGCACCCAGUGCAAGAAAGAUGAUAUGAAGUUGACUUCUGAUGGUGGUAGUAAAUCUGCUGAUAGAUUAAACUGGGACUUGAACACUACAAUGGAUGCAUGGGAAGGCCCUUUGGAUGAUAAGGCUGCAGGUAAAAUAACAGAUAAUGAGUUGAAAUCAGCAGGUGCCAGGCCAGAUAUAAAGCCUUUGAUAUGCCCUCCAAAUGCUAAUAGCAUUGCUGUAUCUGAUGCAAAGAAUGUCCUAGAAAAGAGCGCGAAGCCCUUGAGUUCCUCUGGAACAGUUUCACAAUCUGUCACACAACAUAAUCUUGACAGUUCACUUCAUUUAUGCCUCAGCCCAUCCUUUCUUUCAUUUAGUGUCAGUGAAGAACCAUCAUGCUCUGUUUCCAACAAAGACCCGUGCAAAGUUUUUCCUAAUGCCAGCUUGCCCAAAGGGUUGUCCUCAGCUGGCAAGUCUGGCAUCUCUAAACCUAAGAAUGUUAAACAAGAACCACGUGAUGAGGGGACUAGACCUGUUUUCAACAUUCUACCAUCAGUUGUUAAUGGACCAGUGAAGAGAGAAUUGAUGGAGAAGCUUGCUCAGGAGGUUCUCAAGUCGGGAUGUUAUAGUUCUCUGAAAAUUAUUGAUCCUAGAUCCAUAAAGUACGAGUCUUGUCAAGAGGGUAACCAGGAAGUGCUCAAGGUGGUGGAGGGGAAGUGUCUACAGUCAGGUAUUGAAGAAUCACCAAGGAUAGAUGAGGAUACAACUCAGCAGUCUGGUGAAGUGCAGAUGAAGAACGAAAUAGAUUUGCUGUCUCAGAAAUCGAGUGCCGCUGAAGAUUUGAAGACAGCAGUUGGGGUAUCUCAGCAAUCAGGUAAAACAGAGGCACUUAACGGACUGGAAGAGGAAUCACCCAAACUGGCUAAUCCAGAUAUGUCUGAGGUGGUAGGAGGGACAGCAAAACAAUCUGAUAAGCUACAGGAGUCCCAGAGGGUAGACAGGAUGAUGGAACAAUUUGAUAAGGUAGAAGGUGCACUGAAUUGCCCUGGUAAUGACAUAUUAGACCAAUCUGAGAAACAAGAAUCGUCAGGUGCCCAGCCUGAUAAACUAGAGGUGAUAAUGGAACAAUCUGACAAUCAGGAAUCGUUAAGUCUGGAAAUGAAGGAACAGACUGGUUGUUCAAUUAAUAAUCAAGAAUCAUAUAAUCAGAAUGCUCAGUUGGGCAAACAGGUGCAAUCAGCCAGUAAAAGUGUUUCAAACCUGUCAGAACAGGUUAAGAGUACUGAUACAGUCUGCCAGAACAAUGAUGUGGUCCUGGGAGAAAGCACAACUGUCAAACAUGUGAUUUCUGAACCUGCAUGUCACGUUGAAUUAAAUGUGGCUGGAGCAAGCACUGCUCCUAUUAGCCGUGAUCAGAAUAUGGAUAUACCGAAGGAAUCUGAGCUGAAAUGUGUGGACGACAUGAGCACCCAGCAAUUGCCUGGGAAUGUUAAUGUUACUGCGAGCGAUGAAGAAAAGAUCAAUUUGUCAGCUGAUAUUCUAGAAGAAGAUUCUUAUGAGUAUGAGUCUGAUGGCAAUUCUGUUCCAAUGGACAUAGAAGAGGAUGGGGUGGGUCACAAUGACUAUGAAGAUGGUGAGGUUCAAGAUCAACAACUAAGACCUGCAACUGUGGGUCCAACAACUAAUAUUACUCAAGACAUUGGUUCUUUAGAUUUUUAUGCAAACCAGGUAAACUAUACAAGGAACACUAUGGAUGUCCAUCUUACUUCAUUCUUAGCUAAAGAGAAUGUCAAACAUCAAGAAGGCUCUGGUGGAAGAAGUGAUGACAUCGCUAAAGAAUCCGUAGUUUCGCAGGUUGAUGGGAGAGUUACCGUUAUUGCUGGUAGACUUGAUUCUAUGGAACCGUCUUUAGCUCAAUUGCAGGCUGUAGGAUAUGUUAAGCAGAGCCCUAGCAGGAUAAUGCAAGGAGGAUCACAUGAUGUAUCAGGUAAGAAGGACGACCCGGAAGGGCAGAGCGCAGAACAAUCUGCUGUAACUUUUUGUGGCCAUGAAAAUUUGUCUAUAGUUACUCAAGUUUCAGAAGAUAGUACUCAGACGGCUAGUUUGGAGAAGAGUGGUUCAGCAUUGUUGAACACAGAAGUGCCUUUAACCAGCGAUGAUGCUGCUAAAGAUAUCAACAAUGCUGUUAAUAACCGGACUAGGAUUAUAAACUUGCCUAAAGCUUCCAACAUGCAAUCUCCUGAUAAAAGCAGAUCUACCUCUGGCAAGCCAUUUCCAUCACGUCCUGGUAGAGAAAGAUUUCCAGAUAUGUCUCUUGAGGGAGACAGAUUUCAUUCCCGAGGGAGGGAUGAACCAUAUAAUAAUGAUGGUUCCCAAAGGUUUUCAAGAGAGAGGCGUCAUGAUCAUCAUUAUUAUAGAAACAACAGAUUAAAUUUUAACCGUGGUAGAGGAAGGCUUCCAAGUCGAGCUGGCAAUCGACAUGGUGAUAUGGAUCCAGAACGUGAUUUCCACUCAGAUUUUUAUGGUGGACACUCAGAUUUUGUCCCGCGGCACAAAGGUGAUACAGAAUUCAUGAAAAACAUUGGGGCUGAUGGCAACUUCAUUAAUAAUAAUGGCCGUGGAGGGAGAAAGAUAAUGGAUAAUGAGACAUCAAUGUUUCGCCAUUUACCCUCAAGGAGGCACUCUCCUGGAGGACGAGGCAUUCAAAUGAUGCAUAGGGUUCCCAGAAAUAUUGGCGAGGAAAGCUCUGAAGUUGGACUGAGACAUUCAGAUAAGAUUGUGAGAGGAGCCUACCCUGAGGAUGAUGAUGAUAUAGAGCACACAUUCACACGACCUCAGCCUCCAUACAAGGGGGUGGAUGGUCAUUUUGUUCAGGGGCCUCGCAACUUUUCAUCCAUGCAAAGAAGGGGUCCCCAAAUUCAUUCAAAAUCUCCAAUCAGAUCUCGCUCUCCCGGUCCAUGGUCAUCUUCCAGGAGAAGAUCUCCAGGUGAAUUUGGUGGGCCACCAGAAUUGAGUGGUCGGAUGUCGCCACCAAUUUACAGGAUGGAUAGAAUGAGAUCACCUGAUCACUCUAGUGGCUUUCCUGAAGAAAUGGGGGUUAGAAGACACGCUGGAUCCCCUCCAUACUUGUCGAGACCAAAUGAUAUGAGGGAAAUGGAUCCUGAAAGAAAUCAUCAUGUCCAUCCCAGGUCAAUGAUGUCGUCAAAUAGGAGCCCUAAUGGCCGGACUCUACUUAGAAACAGUAGGAGAUUUGGUCCUGUUGAUCAUCGAGAGAGGGAAGGAAGUGAUGAGUUCUUUGGUGGACCCAUGCAAUCUGGUGGUAGAUUUCAUCAUGAUGUUGGUGCUGCUGAUGGAGAUGGUGAAGACAGAAGAAGGUUUAGUGAAAGACGGGGACCUAUUCGCCCGUUUAGGUCAUCUUUCAAUGAUGUCGAAGGUGAAAAUUUCCAUCUGAACUCAGAGGAUGGACCUAGUAGGCCUUUCAGGUUAUUUUCUCUAGAUAAUCAAGCAAUGCAGGAGAGAGAUAACUUGAGGGACAGAGAACUUGAUAGGCGUAUGAAGAAUCGACCUGUGAAUGCUCCUAGAAGAGUAAGGGGUAUGGAAGAGCAGGAAGGAAACUAUAGACAUGGUGGGCAGGUGUAUGAUGAUGGUUUUGAUGACAUGACUAGGGUGAAAAGGAAAAGAUUUGACUAGAAUAAAUUUGCAUAUCAUGUACCAGCACCUUGGACAAGUGGGGAUCUGGUGGAGGUGCUAAGUUAAAUAUGGCGACCAGCAGGAAGGUCUGGUUUUGGCUGUUAAGUCGGGACUGUGUUUACACUGCACGAAGUUGCUUGUACAUGGAGCUAUUAUAAAAAGCAGCUUUGAUCAAGAUUUUCGAACUGAACUAACCAGAUGAUUGAUCUGUUGUACAUAUUUGGGAUACCUUGGGUCAAUUCUGGAUGCUGCCAUUCCCUUUUUCAGUUUCAUUUAGCGAGCGUGUACUGUCAUAAUCAAUGGUGGGCAGUAUUGAGAUAUUGAGAGGAUAUUUUGCUUAAGAUAUUUUCUUGUAUAUUAUCUUGGGGAAAUAUUCUAAUUUCUCAGUUGUCUCCGCCCCCUACAUUCUGAUCAUAUGCUCAAGUCGGGGGACUGGCUGGCAGUUGGCAGCCACAUGGGACAGAAGUUUUGACAUGUCACUUCUAGUUCCUGUGCCAUAUGCUUUCGUUGCAUAAAUUGCAGGUUGUGCUACUGCUUGCUUCUUAUCUGCUGGCUUGAGAAGAUAUCUAGGCAUCUGAAACAGUUGGGGUGCGCUGCCUCCUGGAGAAAAUGGACUUUGCUCUGCUGUGAAUUAACUUACUGGUUAUACACUACAUCGGUCAAUGAGCUGAGUUUGUGUCAAAAAAUCGGUAGCUUUUAGGUCUUCAUGCCUUCUGCCCGUGAUGUGUGAUAACUUCAUCAUUUGGUGGCUCCUGUUUUACAUGUGCAAUGGUUGGAGCUGAUCUGCAGCAUUUGUACCUGGUGAUGAAUGCUCUCAGUUAUGGUCUUAACUUUGAGACGGUGGGAUGAUGCAGAGUUGGUGCUGUGUUUAUGGUUCUAUAGAUCGUUCCAUUUCGAAGUGCUAGGUUGAUUACAAUAAUAGAAGUAUAAGGAGGAGAAGCAUAUGAGAAGAAAUUGCAGGCAGUGGUGAAGUCUGCGCAAGUAUUUUCUCCCUUAUGGUUCCUCACCGGUUGCCGUCACCGACCGGCAACUCCCCGUUGGUGUGUGACACAGCCAAUUCCAGGGAUCUUGUGUGACUGACAUCAGGAAAAUGAUAUUGGAAAUAGUUUGAUUGUAUUCAUAAAAGGAAAAGAACAGCUUGGUCACGAGCUGGAGCGGGGUAGCUGCUGUGACUAGAUCAGUGUGGUCUCUUAGUUCUGCAUUUCAUUAAACAAGAAACCACACAUUCGCAUCACAUCCAAAAAGCUUAUAAUGCUCAGCUAUACAAGUGGUGGAG